AUGCGUUUCCUCCUCUACCCAACCCUCCUGCUCAGCUGGUGCAGUCUGUCUCUCGCCAUCCAGGACCUUGAUACCGGCAUUGCUAUCGGAAUUAAUGUCAAUACCAAGCUCGACUCCCCACCGAUCGACACCACCAGGACUGCGACAGAACCAACAGAACCAACCCCCCUCGCCCUCCUCCCCUCCAUCUUCGCAUCCUCCCCCUCCCCCUCCACCCGUACAAUCGACCGAGCAACCACCGACUCCAUCCGCCAUGCACUCGCCCUCUACCCGCUAGCCAUCGACGGGAAAGACUUCGCCGCGCUAUCCUCCAUCUUCGCCCCCGACGCUGUCGCAAACUACUCGGCGCCCCUGAACGUCCUCACCCCGCUGGACUCCAUCCAGGACACGCUCAGCGCUAGUCUAGCCUGUGUUUCGACGCAGCAUAGCCUGGGCACGCAGAUCAUCGAUGUCGUCUCGCCGCUGGAGGCGCGCAGCGUGACGUACUUCACGGCGUCGCAUUUUGGGAGGAGUGGCAGGAUGGCGGCGCAGGUUGCGACGGCGCAUGGGCAGUAUCAGGAUUUGUGGCGGAGACAGGAGGAUGGGAAUUGGAGAGUUGUUGUGAGAAAUUUGGUUUAUAUGAGCGAGGUUAUGGGCAACCAGGCGGUGUUUGUGUGUUGA